AUGGCCGCCGCGGACGCAAAGGUCUGGCUUCAGUCCAGCGACAACGUCUCUAUUGAAGUUGACAGGGCUGUUGCCGAGCGCUCCAUGCUUAUCAAGAACUUGCUGGACGAUCUGGGCAGCGAUAGCAUCUCUCAGAGCAACGCGAUUCCCAUCCAGAACGUGAACGAGGCUGUGCUUCGGAAAGUUAUCGAAUGGUGUGACCACCACCGCAACGACCCCCAGCAAAACCCCGAUGACGAGUCCGAUGCCCGUAAGAAGACAACCGAGAUUGAGGAAUGGGACCAGAAGUUCAUGCAGGUUGACCAGGAGAUGCUCUUUGAGAUCAUCCUUGCCGCCAACUAUCUGGACAUCAAGCCCCUACUCGAUGUCGGUUGCAAGACUGUCGCCAACAUGAUCAAGGGCAAGUCUCCUGAGGAGAUUCGCAAGACCUUCAACAUCACAAACGACUUCACCCCCGAAGAAGAGGAGCAGAUCCGCCGUGAGAACGAGUGGGCUGAGGACCGCUAA